CUAGAAACACCUUGAUAGAUCUUAUAUUACUUCUUAUUUUGUCCUCGAACGGUUACCAAAAAGAUUUCCUCCAUCUUUUGUGACGAGAACAGUAUUAUUGAGACUGAUCUGUGAGAAAGUCUAUUGAGCAUCGUGAAAGCCUCAUAGUCAUCAACGAGCAUAUUUCUCGCGAAUUUUCGCAAAUAUGCUCAGUUAGCUCGUAUGAGAAAGUAUUGUGGCGUGUUUAGAGCUGUCUUUAAUCCACGUUGCAACAUUAUUAUUUGCAAAACCCGCGCUGUUGCAACCUUAGUUGCCGAUCCCUAGCAAUGACACCUUUGCGUCAGUUUAAGAGCCAAUCGCACCAGACUUUAUUGGACUACGAGACUUGAUUUACAUAAAAGCCAUUCAUAACAACAAAGGGGCAAUAAUGGCUCAAGGCACACGACGCGGUAGUUGACAGGUAGUUGAAGCGGUGUACCUGGAAAAUAACCUUGUUUCAGCCAAAAGGGUUGCUCAAUGCCGAUCCUUGAGCAAGUUUGAGCGAGGUUGAACGCCGCCACAGAGGGACUUGCUCACCGUCAAGGCGACUUCCAUUCCACCAUCAGGAUUAAAGGAACUCCCACUGCAGUUUCUCCCACAUCAGCGCUUAGGAGGUCGAGUCGCCGCGACACCAAACACAAUGACGGAAAAUCGGGAACCCGACGCCAACGCGGUCAUGACCCGUGAUAUGGGCUCAACAAACACUAUUGUCGUUGAUUCAGGCGACAAUGAAAAGACCCAUGAGUUCAAUGAGCAGACAAAUUACGUGCCAAAGCGAGCCAUCAUCACAAUAUUUCUCGCAUGUGCAAGUGUAGAUUUGCUGGCGUUGAUGGACCAGACUAUGCUGGCCACCAGUUUAUACAUCAUCGGAAAUGCUUUGGGGUCAACAGCCCAGGUUUCGUGGAUAGCAAGCGGAUAUUUCAUAACUUCAACAGUUGGACAGCUCAUGUAUGGAAGGUUAUCCGAUAUCUGGUCUCGCAAGAUCAUUCUGCUAUUGGGUCUUGCAGUAUUCUUUGUCGGAUCACUGGCCUCAUCCUUAGCGCAGUCUGUCUUGCAACUCACAAUCUUCCGAGCCUUUACAGGUAUUGGAGGUGGAGGGCUUAUGACCGUUGCGCAGCUCAUAGUGAGCGAUGUAGUCCCUCUGCGAGAGAGGGGGAAGUAUCAAGGAAUAUUGGGUGCCGUCGUUGCUCUCGCAAAUGGCAUAGGUCCCGUCAUCGGAGGUGCACUCUCGUCGAGUUCUGAGGACUCAUGGCGAUGGAUCUUCAGGAUGCAACUACCACUGACUCUGUUGACAACCCUUUGUGUACUGUUCUUCAUGCCAUUAAAGAAAGUCGAAGGAGAUUGGAGACUAAAGCUUAAGGCAGUCGACUUUCUGGGCAUAUUUCUCGCCUUGGCUGGAAUGACAGUCGUUAUUCUGGGAUUAACUUGGGGAGGAAAAGAGUACUCCUGGAACUCCGCUCAGGUUAUCGCAACAUUGGUAGUGGGCACAGCUGCAUCAGUUGCUUUCAUGCUAUGGCAGUGGAAAGGCCCUCGAUAUCCAUUGAUACCGUUGCACAUCUUCAAGUCGAAGAUCGUCAACGGCGCAUGCCUGACCAUGGCUAUCAACGGUUGGAACUUCGUCAUGCAAGUUUACUACAUCCCCUCCUUUUACCAACUCGUCUACGGCUACUCCGCCACCAAAUCCGGAGUAAUGCUUCUCCCCAUCACACUACUACAAACAGCCAGUAGCACUUUCUCUGGACUCAUCGUGCACUGGAUCGGUCGGUACCGUGAGUGCAUCUUGUUUGGCUGGUUAUGCUGGGCUGUAGGUCUUGGCUUAAUGUCAACUCUUGAUGAGAAUACGGGCGUUGGGAAACAAAUCGGUUAUUCGGUACUAAUUGGAGUGGGUGUUGGAAAUACGCUGCAGCCUGCACUCAUUGCUACGCAAGCUGGCGUCGAGAGGCGUGAUAUGGCUGUUGUCACAUCAUUCCGCAAUUUUGUGAGAAACUUGGGGGCAACAUUAGGACUUGCAGUCUGCGGGACAGUUCUGAACAACGUCAUAGCAGGCUCUCUAUCCUCCCUUAACCUAGAUAGAGACGACUCAAAGACAUUGCUCGGCAAUCCUCAGACAUUCCUAGACACAGUCUCACCAAGCGAAGCUGAGAAGAUCCGCUCAGUUCUCAUCCCAGCAUACAGACAAGGAUUCCGCAUAAUAUUCCUUAUAGGCGCAGGUGUCGCAAGCCUGGCAUUCGUGCUAGCGUUUUUCUUGAUGCCGCAGGUUGAUCUUACUCGACCGGACGACUCCCGGCUUAAGGAGGAAGGUCGCAAGGCUUAUGAUAAGAGAGGGAAAAGCGCGGUGUAGUGCUGGUGACGCCAGAAUUACCUUUUUUCUUUUUCUUUUUCUUUUCCUUUUUUUUUGUUUUUGUUUUUGUGGGACUUGGUACACUUGAACUUUAUAGACAGGGGCAGGUCUUGGCUAUCAGCAAUAAUUCAGUAUUUCUUACGGUCAGUGUGACUAGACUGACGGUAUAUAACGGUCAACCGUGUGUUUCGCCCCUAUGUUAGCCUAGUGAUGGGUUAUAGAGUUUGCCACUUCCUUGUAAGGCUACAAGACCUUACAAAUCAUAAUAGCUUGUUGAUAGACAACCGAAAACACGCAAUGCAUGUCCAAGUGGCGAACCGGGAUUGGUUUUUCUUAAGUUGAAGUCAACGUCUUUCCAUGUCUCUGUGAGGUCCAUUAUGCGAGUAGAAAUAUAAAGCUGGAU